CCGGUAUCGAAGCCGAUUGGAUGGGUACCCCUCUAUAGCAUUUCUUGGCCCAUUACGUAGGUUGUGAUAGAUAGGCCUCGGUUCUACAACUCGAUACCUUUAGAGCAGACAAAUCACCAUACUAAUAUACAUACACACUUGAAUCGGCUUGUUCAACUUUCCGGUGACCUUACCUUCCUACUCGCACCUUAUAUUGACACCAAUACGCCGCAAUGUCCUCCAUAUCAGCUCGUUGCAUCCUGAAUUCUGGCGCAUUGGCUGUGCGUCCGUGUUUGCGCUCGGCGAACGUAUAUGCUGCGCCGACGAUAUGUAUGCGCGCCACAUUCAGUAGUAAGAGGCAUAUAGUCCCGACUGUGCCGAGAGCAGCGCAACACCAGCUAGUAAGGCGGCAAGCGAAGGUACCCUUCACCGUGCGAUGGUCGACGACAUCGGCCACGGGGAGCAAAAUCUGGACUUUCGAAGAAAUCCAAUCCCUAACGACCUCGCCCUCCCCCAAACCCAUUAUAAUCGACGUCCGCGAGCCCGGCGAGCUCCGAUCCACCGGCCGGAUCCCGGGGGCCCUCAACAUCCCCAUCACGACGUCGCCGGACAGUUUCCACCUCACGCCCGAGGAAUUCGAGGACCGCUUCGGGUUCGCGCGGCCGGAGAAAGACGAAGAGGUGGUUUUCUACUGCAAGGCUGGCGUGCGCAGUCGUGCUGCUGCGGGGAUCGCGAGGGAGGCCGGCUGGACGAAUACUGGCGAGUUCCCGGGCUCGUGGAUCGAGUGGAGUGGGAAAGGAGGUGCUGUUGAGCGGUGAUGUUGAUGUUUGGGGGAGGGUGGGCGUGGGCGCUUGUUGUUGGGUUGGGAAGCGUCCUUGGGGUGUCUGUAACUUGUGGGAUUUAAAGAUAUCUACGUCAACUUUACUCUUACGGUGGGAUGGGAUAAGACAAGAGAGCAGAGCGGUGAACACGUGACUAUCCGGUUUCGCUGAUAAUUCCCUAGCUAAGAUCGCGUGGACCGGGAUAAUUCACCUGCGGUCUGUGGCAGGUCGUGUAUAGUAUAUAGCUGGUACCUCAGUCAGACUCAGUAUAUCAAUAGCCCUAUGAAUCGUAGUC